CCCCUCUAUUUCUUGUUCUCUUGGUUGAUUUUCAUGCAAAAGACAUAAUAUUACUUCCUGUUGUAGUUUAAACUAUGGUUCUUGCAGCCGUGGGGCAGCUAUGCUCGACUGCGAGUGCGUCAGCCAACUUAGCCCAGUGUCAGAUACUGGUUCGCAAAGCAGUUGCAGCUGGUGCUAAAGCGCUGUUUCUUCCAGAGGCAUCGGACUACAUCGCUUCAUCACCAGCAGAAUCCGUCUCGCUGGCACGUUCUGCAAAAGAUAGUGAAUUUGUGUUGGGUCUUCAGCGAGAAGCUCAGCAGGCCCAGUUACACAUCAAUGUGGGCAUCCAUGAACCUGCCGCGGAUGGCAAAGUGAAGAACACUCUGGUCUGGAUCAAUGAGAAAGGCGUUAUCACACAGCGCUAUCAAAAGAUUCACCUAUUCGACGUAGAUAUUAAGGAUGGGCCAGUACUCAAAGAAAGCGCGAGCGUGGAAAAGGGCAUGGAGAUACUGCGCCCGUUCGAGACGCCAGUUGGUCGCGUUGGUCUGUCCAUUUGCUUCGACUUGCGCUUUCCCGAGAUCAGCCUUGCGUUGAGGCGAAACGAGGCCCAAAUCAUCACUUAUCCGUCAGCAUUUACAAUUCCUACCGGCCGUGCGCACUGGGAGACCCUCCUGCGAGCCAGAGCGAUUGAGACACAGUCAUAUGUGAUAGCGGCUGCACAAGCGGGUCCCCACAACGAGAAAAGAAGCAGCUAUGGUCACUCGAUGAUUGUGAACCCUUGGGGAGAGGUUGUGGCCAAGCUUGGCGACGAAUACCAGGAGCCACAGAUCGCAACUGCGGAGAUAGAUUUCGAACUUUUGGAAAAGAUAAGAAGGGAAAUACCGCUGCUCAGAAGAACCGACAUAUACCCGGUAGUAUAAUAUCCAAUGAAUAAC